AUGGGUUCCUGGGCAUCCAAAAUGUGGCACCUUCUCCUGAAACGGCCGAGUUCACGAUCGCAACUUCACCUUCGCAACCCUCUCUCCCUCGCACUCGUCCCACUACCACCGACCACCACGGCACAUCCGCACCCUACCCUCUUCAGGAACGGAGAAACGCCGCCAAGAUGAGCGGCCUUGCACCCAAGCAGCAGUCGCUCAAGAUCUUUGAGAAGUUGAAGUCCAAGUCGGCAAACAAGGUGUGCUUCGACUGCGGCCAGAAGAACCCGACCUGGACCUCGGUUCCCUUGGGCAUCUACCUGUGCCUCGACUGCUCUGCCAACCAUCGCAACCUCGGCGUCCACAUUUCCUUUGUCCGGUCUACCAACCUCGACCAAUGGCAAUGGGAGCAGCUGCGUGUUAUGAAGGUUGGCGGCAAUGAGUCGGCCACCAAGUUCUUCCAGUCCAACGGCGGCUCGGCCGCCCUGAACAGCAAGGACCCCAAGACAAAGUACACGUCGGCCGCCGCGACCAAGUACAAGGAGGAGCUCAAGAAGAGGGCCGCGAGGGAUGCCAAGGAGUACCCUGAGGAGGUGGUCAUCAACGACAAUGCCGAGGGCGCCGAGAGUGGAGAUACCCCCGUGGAAGACGACGACGACUUCUUCUCCUCGUGGAGCAGGCCCGCGGUUAAGAAGCUGAGCCCGCCCAUCUCACGGACCGCCACGCCGCCGGUGGUCGGGCGCACCCCGUCCCCCUUCCUAAAUGCGCAGAACGGCAAGGACACGACGCGCUCCCCGUCACCGCUCGCCAAGGGCAACGAGGGCGCGGCGAAGCCUGCCUCCAGCCGCAUUAUCACCUCGGCCGCGAUCAAGUCAAGCACGACAGGCCCGCGCAAGGCCAACAUCCUCGGCGCCAAGAAGGUGACCUCGAAACUGGGCGCUAAGAAGCUCGGCGGCGACGUCAUGAUCGACUUCGACGAGGCCGAGAAGAAGGCCAAGGAGGAGGCCGAGCGCAUCGAGAAGCUCGGGUACGACCCCGACGCCGACGAGGAGGCGCCCGCGGCGUCCAAGGCCGCCAGCAAGACCGAGUCGGCCAUCGUCUCGCCCACCCCCGUCAGCCCCGCGCGCGGCGGCUACUCGCACUCGCGGCAGAAGUCGGCCGCCGAGGUCGAGCGCCUCGGCAUGGGCAUGAACCGGCUCGGGUUCGGCCAGGUCGGCAAGCCCGCCGGCGCCGCCGCUGCUGCGAAGAAGGGCACCGCCGGUGGGUUCGGCUCGGUCGGGCCCGUCAAGGCGGCUGCUGAGGACGACGGCGAGAACUACGCGCGCAAGAAGUUCGGCACGCAGCGGGCCAUCUCGUCGGACGAGUUCUUCGGCAAGGGCAUGUUCGAGUCGGGCGCCCAGGCCGAGGCCCAGUCGCGCCUGCAGGGGUUCGAGGGCGCCCAGUCCAUCUCCAGCAACGCCUACUUCGGCCGCCCCGAGACCGACGACAUGGGCGGCGGCGGCGGCGGCGGCGAGGACUAUGGCGACCUCGAGUCUACCGCCAAGGACUUUGUUCGCCGCUUUGGUAUCACCGCCGCGGAUGAUCUGGAUAAUCUGUCGCAGCUCGUUGGGGAGGGGGCUGGAAGGCUGCAGGGUGCUAUUAGGGCUUAUUUGGGGAGUUAGAGGGUGGUUGUGGAUGUGUUGGAGGGGGGGGCUGACUGGAUGGG